CUGCCUCGUAUUUCCGACUCCUCUGCCCUCUGCCCUGCGGUGGCGCCCGAAGAAGGACGGGCCGGGGAGCGGAGAGUCGGCGGCGGCGGGGGGAGCCCCCGCUGUAGCCCCGAGCGGCGGCCGCGUCCCCCCCCGUCAGGUCUCUGGAUGGCAGACUCUGAAAAGAAAUGCUGUUUUAAGAGCAGCAGUUUUAGAUGCUGAGCUCAUGCUAACUUCAUUGAAUUGGUGUCUCUGUGAUUAUGAUUGUCUAACAAUCGUCAGCAGCUUGAGCAUAUAAUUGUUUGAGAGAUGGGAAGAUGAGUUAUGUGAAAGAGAUCACCUGGAAUUCUGAUUUGACAAAUGCAGCUUUUUCAAAGGGAAGGUGUUUAAGAGAGACCUGGAUUUGUCUGGAAAAUAGAAACAUAGAUUGUGUGAUUAGUCAAAAUUGAUGUUUUGGAUGUUGUAUAGUCUUACUGUUUGGUUCCAGUUUCUGUGAGAUUACUGGCAUGGAUUAAUUGCAAGUGUAGAAGCUGUCAGUAGCCUAAGCAGAAGGAUGUCACUUCAUUCAGAAUGCUUCAGAGGAAUCCAGCACCUGGCAAACAUGCUUUGCUUCUUUUACGUUACUACAUGUUGAUAUGCCAAAAGUAGCUCUUUGAGAGUCUACAUAAUAAUACAAACAGAUGCUAAGACUUCUGAAGGACACUGAGAUUUUGUCAAGAGACAUGUCAUCUUGUGUUCAUGGGAGGCCAGCAGUUAAAAAAACCUAAUGUAGUCUUCAGUUGCUUGUUCGAUAAACUCAAUAUUUGCAUGUUUGAUAAACUCAUAUAAACUGAAUUUUUGAGGGUGAUUAGACUGAAGUAAAAUCUUAAAUAUUUGAGAAAUAUAUUUUUAAUUCAUUUCUGUACUCUGAAUGUUGAAGUAACGGAUAAUCUUUAUAACAACCUGGGGUUGAGAUAACAUAGAAAUAGGACUUGGCAUAUCAAUUAUGAUAUACUUGUCAGCAUUAAUGUCUUGGGAGUAUUUUGUACCUUGUGCUUGCUUCUAAUCUCCAGAUCUAAUGCACAUUUUUUCUCCUGAAGCAGUGUACUUCAGAUUAUAUAUGAUUACUUAAAAUAAGUUCGAUGUGGGUUUUUUUGAUGGGGUGGCUUGGCUGUCUUAUAUGAUAAAAAUGGUGCUUAACUUUAGUUUGGUGGUAGGCUGUAGAAAUAUGGGUAUCUUGGGAUGCCUUCCAAGGAGCAAAUGUGUGGUUCAAGUAUCCUAGUACUCCUUCUGAGCUGAUAGUUUAAUUAUUCCUGAUAGGAGCAUGAAAAACAUCUGUAUUAGCCACCUAUCCACAUGGAGUUUCUUCUUAAGCAUUGUGAGUGGUAGCUUAGCUUUGUAUUUCCUAGUAUGACUGUGUAUCAUCUUCAAAUGCAAUAAUAAUGAGAAAAAAAGUAGUUGAUGAUGAAAUGUGCAAUUAUGUUAUUUACGUCCCCCUGAAGUGAUACAAAACAGGCAGGUGAUCAAUGUGGAAUUACUUUACAUAAUGUGGAAUUACUUUAUGUUUUUAAUUAGUUGCUAUGAUUAGUGAAUUUAAUUUCAUGUAUGAGGUUGUAACAUUAGUGCCUCUAUUUUUUCUUUAUAUGUGUCAUUAGUUCUGCUAAAAUUUUCUUUCUAUUUCCCUCUAGGAAACUAUUCAAGUUUUCUGCAAAAUCUGAGUAUUUAUGCUAUCUGACUGAACUAACAUCUUGACACCAAAGAUGCUAACAAGGAAGAUUAAGCUUUGGGACAUUAACGCCCAUAUAACCUGUCGUCUGUGCAAUGGAUACCUGAUUGAUGCUACUACUGUAACAGAAUGCUUGCAUACUUUCUGUAGAAGCUGCCUAGUAAAAUAUUUGGAGGAAAACAACACCUGUCCAACCUGUAGGAUUGUUAUACAUCAGAGCCACCCAUUACAGUAUAUUGGUCAUGACAGAACAAUGCAAGAUAUUGUUUACAAACUUGUGCCAGGCCUCCAAGAAGCGGAAAUGAAAAAGCAAAGGGAGUUUUAUCACAAACUGGGCAUGGAAGUUCCAGGGGAUAUCAAAGGGGAGACAUGUUCUACAAAACAGCACCUAGAUUCUCAUCGAAAUGGUGAAACUAAAGCAGAUGAAAAUAUAAAUAAAGAAACUUCAGAGGAAAAACAGGAAGAAGAUAACGACUACCACCGAAGUGAUGAACAGGUAAGCAUCUGCUUGGAGUGCAAUAGCAGCAAACUGCGUGGAUUGAAACGAAAAUGGAUUCGUUGCUCUGCACAAGCAACAGUCUUGCAUCUAAAGAAGUUCAUUGCCAAAAAACUCAACCUUUCUUCUUUUAAUGAGCUGGACAUAUUAUGCAAUGAAGAGAUUCUUGGCAAGGACCACACGCUCAAAUUUGUAGUCGUUACUAGAUGGAGAUUUAAGAAAGCACCUCUACUGCUACAUUAUAGACCCAAAAUGGACUUGCUGUAAGGGAACUUUAUUGUCCUUCUGGACAGAGCUUUUUGCAGAGACUAUCAUCUGGCACCUUCUUAGUGCAUCAUUAAUCACACAACACAAACCAGCUGAAUAAUUUUGGAAGACUGGAGGGCUUUCAUAGUGGACUGUCCUGAAUAUUUCUUCUAGGGAUGUGUUACCUAGAUGUCCAGGCAGACAAUAUUUAUACUUUUUUUGUACGGAAGAAAGAAGUUUCAACUCAGCAAGACACUACCAGCAUUAAGUUUACAGAUACUGAAAACACUUCACAGUUCCAUGUAGCUCAGCCUGAUUUGUCUCUUACAGUUACACACAGAAAAAAAAAGUGAGUGUUGUGGGGUGAUAUAAAUAUGUUGCUUUUGACACCAAGUUGCAUUUAGUUACUUCUUGCAUUCUAAAUCUUUAAAAACUAUAUUUUUGCAAAGUGUUAUUGUCUUAUAUAGUAUGCCUGAUUGCAUUGGCUUUAUUCAAGUUAUUCUGUAGAGCAUUGAACAUACCUGAUAAUACAGUGACUGGUAAUAAUUUAUUAUGCUGCAUUGAAAACUUAAGAAAAUCUGGGAAACCAAUAAAUUUGUCAUUUUUGCCCAGUUAUUGCUCUCCCUCACCUUGUGUUUUAAUAAAGUUUUGAUACUUCUGUAUACGUGCUAAUUUGGUAAGACUAAUAGAAAUAAUUUUAGUUAAUUUUAAUGUGCCGUGAUAUAUAUUUUGCUAUGGUAUAAAUUGCACCAUGUAAUGACAAAUACUCACAAGUGCUAGAUUUGUGAAUUUCUUAAAAAACAAGCAUUUCUUAUGUAUUUGUGGCUUGCAGAAAUCAGUUUUUAAUUUAGAGAAUUUGCUAUCACUAGCUAUUGAAAUAGUGGCUCUUGGGCGAUUUUGGGAGUAUUGCAGAUUUUUCAUUUCACUGCAUAAAAUUUCCUCAGAUAUUAUGGGCAGCUUUAAAUUUCUUCAGCUGUUUUCUUAUGAAACCAUAGCAUUUUCCUUACUGCAAUUCCUAGCUUACAUGAGGUGGGGAGGAAAGGGGACUCAAGACAAGAUUAUUUUAGCACCUUUUGGCCUUAACUAAUAAUUUUGCUUGCAUCAGCCCUAAUGGAUGCAAGGUAAUACACAUUCACGUAUGUAUGGGUACAUACAUCUAUAUACACAUAUAACUAUGUAUGUUAUAGAAAGCACCCUCAAUGGCACUUAGCAGGGCUCACUGCACUUUUUGUAAGGCUUUUUGAAAUUAUUGGCUUUUAAAAAAACCAUAGUUGAAAGUGAUUUCUGCAAGCUAUAUCCACUAUGUAUUGUCCAUUGUAUGGUUGUAAGAAUAUUUGUCUGGCACAGGUGUGAAGUCAUUGAAAACAGUGUAUGCCCUAAUAUUGCCAGCUGGAAAUAGUUAACCUAAUUUUUGGAAGAGUUUUCCUGUCAGCUGAAAAUGCUAGUUGCUAUUCCUAUUAUUAAACCCCGUUAUUUUUUGAUAAAUUGUCUUUGGAUAAGAAGCCCUGCUUCCUCUUGCUGCGCUCCUUUGCUUCUUCUGCUAGAAAGUGUUACCUGAUAACCAGAAGCUGAUACUGCAAGAGAUUUAUCUAAGCGUUUUAAAUAUUCUUCCUCUUGAGUUUUCAAAGUGUUACAUUGCUCGGCACAUUUCCCUUAAUUUCCCUCCCUGGAGUCUUCAGUUCUCCUUUCCCAGCUCUGCUGCUGCUUAUGCUUACCUUGGACAACAGGGCUCCUUAUUUUUGUUUGCAGUCACAGAUGUGAGUUGGAAGGAAAUAAAAAAAAAAAAUUUGAGCAGAGAAUGAGAGGGAGCCUCCUGAAUUGUGGAGAUGGAAAGGAGAGCCACACAAAGGCCAAAACAUGCUGCUGUCCUUGCAGGUGGAAGUCUAAGCUGCAUUUGAAUGUUUAGGUUACGCAGAACUCUACAUCUGGUUCUUGUGUGGCAUUGUGUGUGUGCAUGUCUGUUAUUCAUGGAAUCAAAUUUGGUUCUGAUUUUGUCUUGCUGUUUGUGUAUUUUCAGCUUGUUUUCUGUGUUUAGCAUUACUUGAUCUGGCAGAAAAGAACAAAUGAGAUCAUGUGUCUACCAUUUUUAAAACUUUCCAUGAAAGCAGUGAAUGCAGGUGGUGUGGAUGUGUACACAAGCUGACAUACUGGGCCUCUCUGGAGCUGUUUCUUACGUGGUUGUUACUGUUCUAUUACACUAGAACUGUUCUAUUACUGUUCUUAUUUACACAUAAGAGGCUGGCUUUGCCACUGAGGCACUGAGAAUUUGGACAAGACUGUAAGGGUCCUUGCUCUGUGCCCCCAGAGUAUACACACAGUGGCUGUACCUGAUGUAGACGUAAUACUAAGGCUGCCAGACAGCAUUCUGAUUAACCACCUAAGUCAGAAUAUAUAUAUAUAUAUAUAUAUACACACACAUAAACAAAAAUAUAUAUACAUAUACACAUAUAAAUGAGAUCUGUCUACCUCAAGUGUGUGUACUGCAGAAAACUUUUGUAUGACUAGAUAUUGAUGCAGUGCUGUUAAGUACAUUUGGAUUUCAUUACUUCCUUGUGUACUUGAGCAACUGAGAAAUUAAUUACAAACACACAAAUCGGAAGCCUUUCAAAUCUAUCUCUUGCUGUAACAACUUACAGUACAAAACUUUUAAGUUUGUAACCAUCUUUAGAAUCACUUGAAUUUGUUAUGGUGCUAUCAGUAUAUAGAAAACUGUUUAUAUGGAUACAUAAAUUCAAGCCAGUAUUAAUACCUAUAGCUGGGGUUUUUGCUUGUAAUUGUGUGUAACUGCUUUUGCAAUGUGUUUAAUCUAAUAAAACCGCACCAGUAAAAAGAAAAACAAAAACAAACAAAAAAAAAGCAAACUAAACCAAACAAAAAGCCCACAAACCAACAAAAAAACCCCCAAAAUUACUCAGUUGUUUUUCUAAAUCACAUGUGAUAACAUCUUCACUACAAAAUUGUCCUUGGGAGUGGUGUGACUGUGUCUGUACCAUAUGUUAGUCUCACUAAAUUACUACAAUGUAGAGCAAGGUCUUCUUUGGGUCAGAGCCUUGUUUAAUUUCUGUGACACUUAUGAGACAAUUUAUAUCAAGAUUAUAUUGGCUAAAGUAAUCCUCAUACUGCUCAAAGUUGAACUGAAAUUUGGACUUGGCCAGAGAUAUUUCUUAGUCCUGGUGAGAUUAUGGUAGUUUAUUUUGGCUUUUGUGAAGAUGCCAUUACUGUAAAGUAGUUUUUACAAUUUCUUACGCUGGUAAAUAGUUGCGGUAAGGAAGUAUCUUGUUGCAUUAUCCUCAGCAGCAGUGAGACUGAUGAAUCACCUGGGCUUAGAGUCUCAUUAAGUAUACUUUCAUUAAAAACAAAGAAUUCAGAUAGAAUAUAUAAUAUUGAAUUUAAAUAAGAUUUGGGGGUUUAAAUUUUAACUUUAUAAAAUUAUUUAUUCUAUUUUAAGCCUUCUGUCUUAUUUUACCAUCCAAGUAUUUUUGGUUUCAGUGGUCCAGCUUUAUUUACGGGCAUAUAAAAUGAAAUUGUAUGAUAUUUUUACAAGCUUCUUCCUUUUACAUUGAGUUUGAGUAGCUUUCAUCUGUAUGUUUUUGUUUUGUAUGGAUAAAGAGCAUUACUUAUGCUUUUGUGCAAUAGGUUUGAAACAUGCAUUUAUUAGGCUUAUGUUUAAAUUGUAAAUGUAGCAUCUACUUACCAUUACAUUUAAAAGGAAUGUAGAUGGCUUUUCUCACUUGUUCAAAUGGAGUUUUAUUUGAGGCUGUUAUUUGGGGGUGGGCGUGUGUGUUUUAUGCUUUGUACCAUUUUUUAUUUUAAGAGUGAAAUGGGGGAUUUAAAAUUUCUGUAAGUACAAGAACUAUCUGUCAGCAAUAUUUUAAAAUAAACGAUCUUGCAAGAAACCUUAAUGUGAAUUGUGGAAGCAAUCGACAAGACUUGCAGCCUAUCUGAAAAUGUUUUGUGCCAUUGUUAGGUCUGGUAUAUUUGUGUACCAUCACACCUGGGAAUAUUUUUUGUACUGGUUGUGCAAUAGUAUACACAACACUGUCACUCAGGAGAUAUGGACCAUAAAAAGUAUCAGACUACAACUAUGAUGGUGCUAUUUUUUUCAAUAGGCUAUGAGCCUUUGAAAGCUUAUCUGGCUCUUAUUGUCUUUGUAACAACACAGUCCUAGGGGAUUUACAGAUUUUUUUUUUCUACUAGAUGAUAAAUAUAGCUUGCUAUUUUACAGCAUUCUGCAUAUUACAUUGAGAUAAAUAUAAUAGGAAAAAGCCAACCAGUCUGUACAUCAGUGAGAGGAAUCUUAGGUACACGUUUUGUACAGAAGGCUUUAUUGAACAGAAAAAUCAAGUUUCUGCUUUUCCUCAGGUAAUCACUACGGUUUGGAUGUUUCACUGAAAACAUUAAUGCAACUUCAGUUAGUCUGCCUAAAGUUAGUAACAGGGAAAGAAAUUGUUCCACACAAAAGUCUCCCUACAUAAGAUAUAAUUAGAUGUUACUUAGGUCUUGAGAUCUGUUUUUGAAGAAAAAGCUGCAGAGAACAACAUCAAAGAACAUGGAACAAUGCUCCAGUCUCUGCUCUAAUCAAAACUUGCAGUCAGGACAAAAAUUACCUAGGAACUUAGGUCUUGUGGCAAGUCAACAGGUAAAGUUUUACCGGUUUAUUUAUAUACAAAUUAAAGGCAUCUACUAUUUACUCCGUAUUUUAUCCUACUUAGAGUUUUUUGGAAAUCUUUUGAAGCCACAAUGACCUACCCAUGUCCUGGUGCUAGGAUAAGAACUAAAUGUCCAAUUCUAUGAACAUUUACAUUGGUAACUUGACUAAUAACCUGGAUAGUUCCACAGAAAGUAGUGGGAUCAUUCAUUCAAACAGAGGUAUGGCAGAAGGAAGAACUCCUGAGUUUUGAAUACUGAUGUUCUACUAUUUUUGUUAUUUCUGUUUGAAACUGAAAGUAUUGGUUUGAUGGAAUUUUUAAUUCAAGUGACUUAUCUGGACAAAAGGAAAGUUUGUUCUUUCCUUCUGCAAACAGGACCGUUUUGCAGUUAAGGGACAAUUAGCCAGUGCAACCACUAAGCCUUUUAUCCUCAUAUGUGGCAUAAUAAAGAUUCUGGAAAUGUCAGAGUGUAAAACCAUAUUUUUGGCUUAGCUUCGUUGAAAAGUUUACAAUUUUUUAUGCUUUGUGUUGCUGUGUAAUUUCUGUACUACUGGUGGCUAGUUUUGUCUGAAUAAACCUUUUGGGGAUUAAUGCUUAAUGUUUUGAUUUUAUGAUAGUGAAGCUUGUAUCCAGUGUUUUGCCAAUGAAUAUUAUAUGCUUGUUAAUAAAAGCAGAGAAACUAA